AAGGUUCUAAAUAAUCAGUCAGUGCGCCAGUGUCUCGAGCGUAACAGUACGUGAAAGCGAAUUGCGUCUGACGAAGAUGAUGGUGUACAUCUGUGCAAACGAAACAAUAACAUUUAAGACGAACAUCAGUCGUUACGAUGUCUCUUUGGACGCGUAACAAUAGUGUCAAAUAUCCGUGAAUAAAACUAGAGUGAGUGUUGGUGAUUGUUUAUCUGGUUGUCGGUUUUUGUUUUGUACCGAGGAUCAUGGCUUCGGUGAAGGUGGCCGUGAGGGUUCGACCCUUCAACAAGAGAGAAUUGGCUAUGAACGCCAAACUCAUAGUCCAGAUGGACGGUAUGAAGACACGGAUAUUCAGCAGCAAGAGUCCUGGGGGAUGUAGAGACAUUGACAAGGAGACCUACAAGGACUUCACAUUCGAUCAUUCCUAUUGGUCCUUUGAUACUAAUGAUGGGCAUUAUGCAUCGCAGGACGAGGUAUUCUAUGAUCUUGGUACAGACGUCAUUGAGAGUGCCUUCGCCGGCUAUAACGCCUGCGUUUUCGCCUACGGUCAGACCGGCUCUGGAAAAACUUUUACGAUGAUGGGUUCGCCGGAAGCCCAAGGCCUAAUCCCAAGAAUAUGCAAGACCUUAUUCGCGAGGAUGGCAGCGGGUAAGGAGACAGGAGCAUCUUAUAGAACGGAAGUGUCAUUUCUCGAGAUUCACAAUGAACGAGUACGCGACCUUUUGAGGCCAGAGCAGAGUCAAUCACAUUCCCUGAAAGUUCGAGAGCAUCCCAAGAGGGGACCUUACGUUCAAGAUCUAUCCAAUCACUUGGUUUAUGAUUAUUCUGACAUUCAGGAAUGUAUGGUCCGGGGAAAUACACAUAGAACCACCGCAAGUACAAAUAUGAAUGACGUGAGCAGUAGGAGUCAUGCGAUAUUUACAAUAACAUUCGUGCAGGCUGGAUUCUCAGAGGGUAAUAUGCCUUCGGAGACGGUGUCUAAAGUACAUUUAGUCGAUUUAGCUGGAAGUGAACGAGCGAAUGCCACUGGAGCCACUGGUCAACGUCUGAAGGAAGGAGCUCACAUAAACAAAUCCCUGGUAACCUUGGGCUCAGUCAUAUCCGCCUUGGCAGAAGUAUCUCAAUCCUCUACAGACUCUAACAACUCCCGAAAGAACGUCUUCAUCCCCUACAGGGACUCCGUCCUCACCUGGCUCUUGAAGGACUCCCUCGGAGGUAACUCCAAGACUAUAAUGAUCGCCGCUAUAAGCCCAGCAGAUUGCAAUUACGGGGAAACCCUCAGCACUCUUCGAUACGCCAACAGAGCCAAGAACAUCAUCAACAAGCCCACGAUAAACGAAGAUGCAAACGUCAAAUUGAUUCGUGAACUGCGAGAGGAAAUUCUUAAACUGAAAUCGUUGAUUGGGAAGGACAUGAGUUUAGAGAGGCCUCCACAGCAGAAGGUAUUGCUGGCGCAAAUUCAUGAGAAGCAAGAGCAGGAAAAGGUCUUAACGGAAGAGUGGACUGAGAAGUGGAGGGAAACACAGAAAAUCCUCCAGGAGCAGAAAGCAUUGGGGUUGCGUAAAAGUGGAGUUGGAGUAGUUCUAGAUUCAGAGAUGCCUCAUUUGGUGGGCAUCGAGGAUAAUUUGUUGAGUACGGGGGUAACUCUAUAUCAUCUUAAGGAGGGAAAAACUCUAGUAGGGACUGAGGAGGCGAAUUCUAUUCAGGAUAUAGCCUUGACUGGACCCGAUGUCGAGCCUGAACAUUGUGUUGUGGAGCUCGUUGCUGGGGUGGCCACUCUCCUGCCCCUGUCGGCUCAUUGCUGGAUUAAUAUGGUCCAAGUGGACAAGCCAACGAGAUUAUCGCAGGGCUGCAUUAUCCUCCUAGGCAGAAACAAUAUGUUCAGGUAUAAUGAUCCCGUUGAGGCAGCAAAAUUGAGGAAAGAGGGUGGGUCUGGCAAUGGAAAUCUUCAACCAACUGUUGUCAAUUUAUCAAGACUGUCUCUACUGAGUUGGAGUGUAUCUGAUCUUCAUGCCUCAACUUCCAGCGACAAUUUGCUAAACUCCAGUGAGGAUUUGAGGGCUCUCGAGGAAUUAGAACAGCAAAAAGCAGCUUUGAUUAAGGAGAAAGAAGACUUCAAGAAGGAACAGGAGGAAAGAGAGGAAAGAUGGGCAGCGAGACGUGAAGCUCUGGAGGGUGCACAGAGAGAGUUGGAAAGGGAAUGGGGCGCACAAUGGAAAGAGUGGGCUGAUGCGAUAGCAGCAUUAGAGACAAAACAACGCGAAUUACGUAUGAGGCGGCGUGUACUCGAACAAGAAAGGAGGGACGAGAUGACACAAGUAGAAAGUUUGUGUAGGGAAGUUGCCUCACUGCGCACCAAUCUUCAGAACAAACAGCUACAGUUCGAAGAGUUCAUGAGUAAUCACUUCCAAUCCGUGGUGUCUCAGCAACAUGCGAUUAAGACGGAUGAGAGUGCAAUGAGUGAAGGCAGCUUACCAGAGUCCUGGGGGAGCUUCAAUGACAGGAAAUCGGUUGAUGCUAUGCAGGAACUCGUCAAUCAUCAUAAGAAGGAACUAGCUGCACUUGAGUCAGAACUUCAGAAUAAAGUGAAAUCUCUGAACGAACAUCAAACGCGAGUGGAGAAAAUGGAAGAGGAAUUAUUAGACAUGGCAGACAAGCAAAAGCAAAUGUUGAAUCUCGAGUUUGAAGGUCAAGAGAUAACUGAAAAGAAGCUCGUGCUGGCGAAACGCACACAAGAGCAGCUCCAGGAGAUCCUCAAACGCAAGCAGUCGCUCUCCUUGAAUCUGAAACGUGCACUUCCAGCCUCUCCAGGUCGAUCCAGCAGCUCCAGUGAUGUUCUCUCAAGCUGCGACUUGAAGUCAUUUCAAGAUGCCUGUAAUCGUAAGCUGAGAAUCGCAUCAGCUCUCUGUCUUCUUCCUCCAGACCUUCCUACCUCCACAGACACAGAGACCUUCCACACAGCAGCUGCGGACACUCCAGACCCACAGAAUUCUGUCUCUCCAUCAAGUCCAGUGAACCCCAUCGUCCCAACAGAUCCCAAUUAUGCUUUAGACCAUGAAAAUCCUCAGGAUGAUUUUCCAGAAUCUAAGAAUCACGAAAUCGAUGACGAGUUAGUAGAAGAAGUCUUCGAUGAUCGAAUAUCUUCCAAGAAAGACGAGAUCGACGAAAAGUUGAAUCACCAAAUCAUCUCUUCACGAUCUGAGAAAGAAGAAAAGACUGAAUUAAUGAGUGAUAAUUACGAGAUUAUCGCAUCAACAGAUGACAAUAAAGAAUUAGAUAAUGAUUUAGUUGAAAAUUCUAAACGGGAUGGGAUAACGGCGAAUGAGGAUGAAGACGAUGAUGAGACAUUUGCCAGUCACGAGAGAGGAUCACUGGAGACACUGAGUGAUGAUCCCUCAAGGCAAGAAAGUCAGGCGAUGAAAAGGCUUAACCAGAGAAUCGCCAGGCAGAAGAUGACGGUGAUGAGAUGUCUUGAGUCCACUACACCAGCUAAGGAAGACUUAAAUCGCCAGAUUCUGGUGCUCCAGGACCUCCAGAGGCAGCAAAUUGAACUCGAAAUCUGGUUGCUCAAAAGGGGAAAGAAUUACCAGGGGAUGAGGAUGUCGAGCGAGAUCGAGGGGACAGGAGAGUAUCUUGAGACAGAGUCUGAGGAUGAUAAUUGGAGCUCUGGAGUAAAUGGGGGCCUCGGGGAUGGGAGGGAUGUCAUGAGUGAUCAGGACGAGGAUGCGAGGAGGGAAGCUAGAAACGGAGAGCAAAAAGGAGCUGUCAGCAGAGGAUACUCAUCGGUUUAUCUCACAAGCAUCAAUCGUGCAGAUCGACUUGGGAGUCCCUAUUCCCUGUCAAUCACAAGAUCAUUACCCUCGCUGAUACCGAGUGACAGUUCAACCGGUGCUGUUAUCAGUAUAAUCGUUUCUGUACCCUCGUACGUGAUACGUGGAGCUGGAACAUCCAGUCAUUAUGAGUACGAGGUUCGAGUAGUUGCUGUUGAUGAUAGUUGGACACUCUUACGUCGUUACCGACGAUUUCGAGAGCUGUAUGUCAGUAUGAGGCAAAAAUAUGGUGGCAAGGUAUCGGCUCUUCGCUUUCCACCACGACAGGUAUUCUCGAGGUACGAGAUAAUCGCUAAACAGCGAAGAAAACGUUUGGAGGAAUAUCUGAGACAAUUAAUUCAAGUUUGCUCGGAAUUACCCAAUUGCGAGUCUCUCUAUAAAUUCAGGGGCAAUCUCAGUAACAUCGAUAAGCAAUCACUCCUCGAGUUCAGUCCAUUCUUCAGGCGUGGCACCUUCGAGAGCAGUAAAUACGGGACCAGUUAAAAAAAACUAUUUGAGCCACACUGUUGGCUCCUUUUGUUUUUCAUUCUAUUUAGUUUAACAAUUGAUAAUUUUCAUAUUUGAGUUUAUUAUUUAUUUUUACUUUAUUGUUGAGUUCUCGUACUUUUUAUGAUUAAGAGUCAAUGAAGCAAUGGAAGUUGGCAUAUAAUUAGUUCUUUUGGCAUCAGGGAUUUCUCGAGUCAAAUAUUGGUUCACGAUAUUAUGAUGUAAUUACAUUGUCAUUGAAAUGCUUGAAUCACAAAAGCCCAUAUGCGAUUGAAUUAUCACAUUGAAAUACUUUCACAUUUAGUCAAUUAAAAAAUUUAUGUAAGUAAUUUUUUUAUUACCAUUAGGGACAAUCGUUCGAUUGAUUCAGACGAGCGAGGGCAGGAGAAAAUAAAUUACAUUGAAGUGGCCUCAUUAAAUAUCAAGUCUUGCCUAACCGCUUUGACAAAUAUCAGUAUUCAACUAAACUACGCACUAGGGAUUUUUUAAAUACAAUAAAUGAACAGCAUUGUCGUGUUGAUAGAUGAAUUUAUAUAAUAAGCUGCAUGGAGCAUUGGAGAGAUUAAUUUUUCGACAUUUGUAAUGGAAGGGAGAGAGCUGUAAAUUCUAGUUUUGGAAGAGGAUAUGACUGAUUUAUAUAGACGGUUAUUCAUCCUGAAGCUCAGAGGAAGAUUAAUCAGUUAGUUCAGAGGUUGAUUAGACUCGGGGGUGGAGUAAAUGUAAGAAAAAUUUUAAAAUCUGUUUCCAAUAGAGUUUCUAUUAAUUAACGAAUUAUCUCAAGAUUGAACACUCAUUGGAGAGCUGUUAAUAGAUCUUUAGUCCUAAUUAAAGGCUCGCAGGUACUAUCUGUCGAACGUAAUCUUUGGCUUACAUUUUAUAUUGUUAGAGUAAAAUAUUUAUAAAUUUGGGUUUCAAAUCUUGUUCCGGAAACCACUCGAAUGCUUAUAAAAGAAUAAUAAUAAAAAAGAGGGAAAGUUGUUGAAGGGCGACAGACCGAAAUAUUGAUUCCAAGGGAUCUGUCUAGUUUACAGAUAAAUAAUUAAUCAUAUGCAAUUUGCCAGCUCCAUGGUGGGGCCAAAAGAUACUUUAGUACCCGUCAAUAACAAUAUAGAAUCAAAAUAAACUGUCCUAUGUUAUGUACAGUAAACUGGGUAUUUUUCAUUAUUUAUCUGUAAACUUAGCAGAUCCCUUGUCAAUUUUCCCUUUUUUCUGUCUAUAUUUUUUUUUAUAGUCAUUGGGUUUAUUUAAACAAAACAAUUGAAAACUCGAAUUUAUAAAUAUUUCAAGCUAAUAAAGUAACACCAGACAUUACAUCAAUAGAUAGUACACGAGGAUCCUAAUCUUCUAAGGGAAUAGAUCGCUUCACAUGCGCCUCUCGAAUCUCUCGGUAUUGAGAUAAUCAAAAACUUUUUCACAAAAUUUUUCAACUUCAUUAAACUUUCUGAAGUCAGUACAGAAGAUUUUAUCUGAAGACAAUUGGAUUUAUUUUCCACCUAAAUCAGAUAAAUGUUACCUAACGCUUCAAUAAUUAUAAAGAUCUUUAAGAUGGGCCUCAAGUGAUGAAAUUAAGGGAAUUAGUUCAUAAAUAUAACAAAUUAUCGCACAUAAAUGAAUUAUAUUUAAAUAUUACUGUUGUUUAGCGUUGAAUGGACGAUUUAUUCGCAAUACCGUUUCGCCUAAUGAAGAAAUUAUGAGUAAUCAUAAAUAAAAAAUUGUAUUUAAUUAGGAAAGUGCGAGGAUCAUCGCAUUAUUAAGUAGUGAUGAGCAAAAGAAUUUUCAGACCAUUUCGUGAAUAUCUUAGAAACUGAGAUAUUUAUCGAAUAGAAUAUUAGAAGACCCAUUUUUUCCUAGUACGAAAUUUUCCACAGAAAUACUUUCCUGACUUUUUCCUUGAACCCUGUCGAGACUUUCGCAAAGAAUCCUCCACUAUUCACCAUUUUGCUCUAUAAUCGUUACUAUGGCUGUGCAAAACGGACUUACAACUAUCUCCUGGUGUCUAGUGGUCCUUAAUCAUUCUAAGGAGUAAUAAAUAAUUCUGCAAAUAAAUGGAGAUGAUAAAAAAUUUUAUUUUUCAUCUAUUUCUUUAGACUAGAUAAUAAUUACGAUAAAAUUAGUUUGAGUGUUGAUGAAGAGUUCUCUCGUUUUGCUCGCGAUAAUUUAUUAAUUUCUUCCACUGCAAUUAUAUCUAAACUUCCGACUAAAGCAACCGGGACCUAUAGUUGAAUUUUUUUAAAGAUGAAAAAUGAUUUUUCUUCCAUACCUAAAGAUGGAAAUUUUCCAUAGUGAAGAUUCUCGGGAUAACUCGGAUGGGACGUUAGCAGACUCAGCGACUUUUCAGUAAUAUCCCUCCAGCUUCCCUUUUAACAACUCUGAGCUCUUCGAUGCCUCAGAUUCCACUGACUGGAAUUUUUGACGAGCUGAUUUCAGAGCCUCCGACUGCUAAUUAUUUGUGUUUCAACGAAUUAACAGUUAUUAAAAAUAUCUUCACAAAUUUGUCAGUGAUGUUUACUUGAUUUACUUCAAUAAUAAUUUAAUAUCGUACUUACCGUUUUGGGCGGAGAUGGAUUAUCUGGAAAAUAUAAUUUACUCCGAAAUUUGGACUGCUAGUUACUCCGGAAAUUAAUCGUUUUUUCCAAUAA